AUGGGUGAACAAUACGAAAUAAUCGAAGAAGCUUUGGAGAGUUUUGCAAAAACGUCAGAGGAUGUGAAAAAUUUCUGGGAAGAAAUGAAGCAAAAUAUUAUGAACAAGAAGAGAAUGAUGCUAAUAAGGACGAGUCAGCUACAUGUAGCCAAAAAAAGACGAAACGUUGACUAUAACAGUCAAGACGAGUACACUACACCCAAGAAACGAGCACUCGCAGAUGAUAAAUCAUAUGCGCCAUCCGGAACUAAUGAUAGUGUCGCGAUGAAUCCGGAUGAGGAGUGUGGAUCAAAAUUAAAUGUGGAAGAAAUUGGCUUUGACGAAUUCAUUGAUCAAGAGGACAAACCUGAGUAUAUCGCAUAUUUUUUAUUACAAGUUGACGACUAUUCCGGCAUGCAAAUAAAAACGGUUUCCAGAGAUACUCUUGAGGAUCUGAGAAAGGAUACCAGGACAAGGAUUUUUGGGAAGGAAAAAAUAUCUAAAGAAUUCAAAUCAACUUUUCAAGAAUAUGUCGAGACUGUUCUUGAUGGAAACUAA